GUGAAAGACGAGCCGCACCCCGGCCGACGACAUUGCGCAUUCACUCAUCGCCUCCAUCUCCAUCUCCGUCUGCGUACGACUCUGCAUCCAGCCACAUUGCCCUUAUCACUGCUUGCGCGCGCAGUAUCGGUCGUCAGCCAAACGUCAAGGCGGAUCCGCCCUUUUCGCGAUUCAAAGCCCCGGCCGGCGCAGUUUCCCCGCAAAAACUCGCAGCCCUCGAUCGCCGCGAAUUGCCAGCCUCUCGACGUUUGCCGGCCUGCACAUUGACGACAUCCUCCAUCAUCUCUGCGAAGCAGCCUUCUUUUCUGCGCACACAGGCGCGGACGACGCACAUUCGACAAAAUGUCUGCGCCAUCGCCGCCAAAGCCGUGGGAGACGAGCAACGGCGCGACGAGUGCCUCGGUCGGCCUCACUGGAUCGAAUAGCACCACAACACCCACUUCGACGACGACAUCCUCAAGUGCGCCUCCAUUGCCGUCAGUGCCGGAUUCCCUUAGCACCGUCGCGAACCGCAACGCGUCCAACUACUCCAGCAUGAACAAUCGCUAUGGCUCCCCCUACAGCAGCGGAUAUGGGGGAAUGAGCAGCUACAGCUCACCCUACUCCUCCAUGGGCGGCGGCUACGGCUCCAUGUACGGUGGCAUGGGCGGUAUGGGUGGCAUGUACGGCGGCAUGGGUGGCAUGGGCAUGGGAAUGGGCGGAAUGUACGGUGGUAUGGGAGGCAUGCCAGGCGACCCAAACAGCAGCCUCACACAAUCAUUCAGCCAAAGUACAGCGGCGACGUUCCAGUUGAUUGAGAACAUUGUCGGUGCAUUCGGCGGGUUUGCACAGAUGCUGCAAAGCACAUACAUGGCGACGCAUUCGUCCUUCUUCGCCAUGGUAUCUGUGGCAGAGCAGUUCGGAAACCUACGACAAACGCUUGGCUCGGUUUUGGGCAUUUACACCAUAAUGCGAUGGAUAAGAACGGCGAUUGCAAAGCUCACCGGACGACCCCUACCAGCCGAUGCGACGGCCCUCACCCCCGCCAGCUUCGCAGCCUUCAACGGACGCAUGCCCGACGGCUCACCCGCACCCGCGAAGCCCUCCAAGAAACCAUUCUUUGUAUUCAUGCUCGCUGUAUUCGGUCUACCCUACCUUAUGGGCAAACUCAUCAAGGCACUCGCGCGAUCACAAGAAGCCGAGGAGCAACGGAAGAUGCUCGAGAACCCGCAAGCCGGCCAACCGCUCGAUCCCAACAAGCUCGAGUUCUGCCGCGCCCUCUACGACUUCACGCCCAACGCCAACAUGCAGGGAAUGGACUUGUCGGUCAAGAAGGGAGAUAUGGUCGCUGUGCUAAGUAAGAGCGACCCCAUGGGCAAUGCAUCAGAGUGGUGGAAGUGCAGAUCAAGAGACGGGCGUAUGGGUUAUCUCCCUGGUAUUUAUCUCGAGACUAUUCAGCGAAAGACACCUGCGCAGAUUACCAGUGGAAGCCAGAGCGGUAGUCCGGCUGGCAGCAGAACCCAGACGAUGACCAACAGCAGCGAUUCAAGCAGGACUGCUACCAUGACUGCAGCCAAGGUACCUGAGAAGGUCGGUCCGAAGGUUGAGAGCAAGGCGGGUGAUAUGGGGGUUGAGAGUUUCCAGAAGGGCGCUUUCUACUCGUAG